UUGACCGUCGAGACGGGCUCGCAUCACUUGGCAUCGAACCGCGGAUCCAGAAUGUCCACCGGGUCGGCUUCUCUCCUCUUCCUGGCGCUCUUCCUGGUGGCCUGCUUGCACGCGGAAGUGGUGCAAUGGAGACCCUGCACCUACCCGGACCCCAACACCCCGUUGAACUGCACGAUUCACGAGGUGCGCGUCGACCCUUGCAAAGAGGCUCCCGAGGGAAAGCCGUGCCGCAUUAGGAGGGGUCAUGACGCAAACAUCAGUUUUGACUACACCGCAGAGUUCGAGGGUGACAAGCUGGAGGGUCGCGCCUACUGGGCCAAUCAGGUGGUAGACCUGCCAUUCCUGGGGAUGGAAACGGACGCUUGCGUGGCCACCCCUUGUCCCGCCACCCCCGGGAAGAAGCAGACCUACGAGUUCCGUCUGCCCCUCGCAAAAAAGUUGCCGGUGAGAACCUACGACGUCAAGUGGAAGCUGUGGAACGACAAGGAGCAGGAGUGCUGUCUCAUAGUGCAGGUAAAACUGACCAAGUGAAGAUUCUCCUCUGCGACUCCUAAGAUGUGCCUAGCCAGUCGAUUAAACUGUACGGAAUAAAAUGAAAACCGAGUACAGUCUUUAACCCCGAAA